CAAGUUUACAGACUUCUAUUUCAGAGCCGAGUGGAACACAGCAGCUUUGAGCGGAGAGAAUCCAGAAGCACCUGCAGACGCCUUUGCCUCUUCGGGCAGAACUUUUUUUCCCUCUUCAUGUGAGACCGGUCAGUAGAAUACCUCUCUGACUCUUGGCGUUGUUUUGUGAACUUAUUUUACCCCUUUAUGUGCGUGUGAGAGAUCACUAAAAGUCGCCUGAAUGUAUAACAUGAUGGAAACCGAGAUCAAGACCCCGCUCCCGCAGUCCAACUCGGGCUCGGCGCAGGGCGCAAAAAACAACAGUGCCAGCGACCAGGAACGGGUAAAGCGGCCAAUGAAUGCUUUCAUGGUCUGGUCCAGAGGGCAGCGGAGGAAGAUGGCACAAGAAAACCCCAAAAUGCACAACUCUGAAAUCAGCAAGCGGCUUGGUGCUGACUGGAAACUUCUGACCGACGCAGAGAAGAGGCCAUUCAUCGACGAGGCCAAGCGCCUACGGGCUAUGCACAUGAAGGAGCAUCCGGAUUAUAAAUACCGUCCUCGCAGGAAGACCAAGACCUUGCUCAAGAAAGACAAGUAUUCUUUGCCCGGGGGACUGUUGGCGCCAGGAUCCAACACCGUCAACAACUCUGUGUCGGUGGGCCAGCGGAUGGAUGGUUACCCGCACGUGAACGGGUGGACGAACAGUGCAUACUCCCUCAUGCAGGACCAACUGGCCUACCCUCAGCAUCACAGCAUGAACACCCCACAGAUCCAGCAGAUGCACCGGUACGAGAUGGCAGGUCUCCAGUACCCGAUGAUGUCCUCGGCGCAGACCUACAUGAACGCAGCUUCCACCUACAGCAUGUCUCCAGCGUACACGCAGCAGACCACCAAUGCCAUGGGACUGAGCUCCAUGGCAUCCGUGUGUAAGACCGAGCCGAGCUCACCGCCGCCGGCCAUCACGUCCCACUCUCAGAGGGCGUGUUUGGGGGACCUGAGGGACAUGAUAAGCAUGUAUCUGCCUCCCGGCGGGGACAGCGCGGAGCAUUCCUCCCUGCAAAGCAGCCGGUUACACAGCGUCCAUCCUCACUAUCAGACCGCAGGGACUGGCGUCAACGGGACGCUACCUCUCACCCACAUCUGAAAGCAACACACAAAAAAGAGACUUAUAACUUUUUUUUUCUUUUUAAGAAAAGGUACUUCGGAUACUUGAACUGUUUGGUUGCCUAAAAAUUAAAUAAUAAUAAUAAAAAAAACAUCAGUUUUGUUUAAAGAAAAUAUCUCAAAAUGAACUGGAAAUGGAUCGAAACCGAACAUUGAUCCCAGAGGUUUUUUUUUUUUAUCACAAGUAGAAGCAAUCAACUCAUGUAGAAGAAUUGGACUUCUAUAUUUUGAAUAAUGCCAUAUUUUCUCUCUAUGAAAAGGCAUGUGGCCUCGUGAAGGGGCUGGUGUAUUUCAGAAACGCUGGAUGGACAAUUGUUCAUAAAUGUUUACACUUCAUUUGUAGAAUGUCAGUCGUCUUCACUGUGUCCAAAUUUCGUAAACUUUUGUGUUUUUUCCCCCAUGAACUAGGUUAAAUGAAAUGUUAAGACUGUGCGGGUCGCAAACGCAAGUUUUAUUUAUAGUAAGACUUUUUGUUUGUUUGUUUUCUUUCUUUUUCUUUUAAGCUUGUGAACCCGAUUCUUUGUCACAUGAAAAAUGUUCAGAUUUUUAAAAUUGUUCUGUGAUGUUUUUUUUUUUUUGACAGUGUCACGUUUAUUCAUUAUCCUGAACAAAAAGUUUUUAUUUAAACGGACGUUUCUACAUAUUUUAAGACCAUCCUCUAUUCUUAAAUGCUGAAUAAAUUUCUAAGAAACGUAA